CACAAACAUGAGGAUACCGUCACCUUAAGGCGCACCGCGGCGGCGACUUUCUGAAACUCUUCGCACCAAAAACUCCCACACGAUCAACCGGUCGCCCCCCCCCCCAGUGUCGGCCGGACCUGUAUGGCCCCAUCGAUCGCCAUGUCAGCUUUGACCGCUGGUUUGAAAACUGAAGACCUUGCUCCCCGCUCGACUCUCCUCGGCAGAGGCGAGAUGCAGACCAGCCUGAGUCCCGCGGAGGAGACGGUGAAGCCCAAAGUGGCCAUCCUGCCCUUCAGCGUCGAGGCACUGAUGGCCGACAGGAAACCCAGCCGAGAGGUGCCAUCCCCGGAUGGCCCGUCCGUGGCCGGGACGUCCCAAGUGCUCGGGAAGAGCGCGCGGAUGGGCUCCUUCGGCAGUCUGGAUACUUCACUUCCUGCUUUGCCCAGGAGCUCUUCGUUUUCAAUGGGCGAGAUCAUGAACAUGCCAGAAGACGUGCUGAUUAAACCCGAGAGCCCGGACAGUCAAGAGAGGAACUCAUGGAUACAGAGUCCCCGGUUUUCUCCCACACCUCCGCGAAGGUUGAGUCCCCCCGCCUGCCCCCUGCGAAAACACAAGACGAACAGAAAGCCCCGGACCCCCUUCACCACGUCGCAGCUGCUCGCGCUGGAGAGGAAGUUCCGCCAGAAGCAGUACCUCUCCAUUGCCGAGCGCGCGGAGUUCUCCAGUUCCCUCAACCUGACGGAGACCCAGGUCAAGAUCUGGUUCCAGAACAGGCGAGCCAAGGCCAAGCGGCUGCAGGAGGCAGAACUCGAGAAACUGAAAAUGGCAGCAAAGCCCAUGCUGCCGCCGGCCUUCGGGAUUUCCUUUCCCCUCGGCGCGCACGUCCCCGGCUCCUACGCAGCUUCGCACCCGUUCCAGAGGCACUCGCUGCCGGUUUCCCCCGUGGGACUGUACGCGGCGCACGUCGGAUACAGCAUGUACCACCUGGCCUGACAGGGACACGGGACGAGGCUCCUUUCUGACAAUGGUUCCAGGUGAGGCGACGCGGUGGUAAACACAGAGGCAUCCUGGAGGUGAGCUCGGUGUCACACCUCGUCAGGGGGCCUGGAACUCCAGAUAGACCCCCCCACCCCACCACCCCCUCCUUCUGAGGACUUGACGUUUAUCCACUUCUCGUGACCUCGCCAGUAAGUUCACACACUGCAAAAAAAUAAAAUAAUAGCCCAGUUUUAUUAGUCAUUUAAUCUCGACUUUUAAAUCUGUUUUGCCAGUGGAUGUUUUGCCAGUAGAAAUCUAUUCCACUGAGGCGAUCGAAUACAUGAGUGUAAGGGGGAUGUCGUUGCAGUGCAGAUGUGGAAAACAACUUAGCACCCGCAGGCCUAUGACCUCUCAUGAGUGUGGGCAGCGGGCCGAUGUGAUGUGUGCCACGCCGGGUCACAGAUACUCCACUAUUUGCCAGGUAUAAGAAUCUCCAUCUCUCAAGCCUCAAUGAGUAACUGACUAUUGCGCAGCUUCACAUUUUGCACCAACAAACUGUGCUGCUGUCAAACUGCAAAAAAAAACCCAGAAACACAUACUUAAAUCAUAAAAAAUAAAUAAUAAUAAAAAUGUGGGAUUCAUACUAAUGCGUAAC